AUGAAGUUCGCAAAGGAGCUCGAGCAGGACCUUGUGCCAGAAUGGCGCGUCAAAUACCUCGAUUACAAGGCCGGCAAGAAGCUCAUUAAGAAAGUGUCUCGCGCCAUCAAUCGCGCCAAUGGUAGUCCGCAAGGGAACUCGGGCAAGCUCAACAACCGCGGAACAUCCAACUUCUUCAAUAGCGACAAUGCGAGGGAAACGAAUCCCGACGAGAGAACAUCGCUGCGAGAGGGUUCUGCCCCGGUCGGCUCUGCCCGACAGAAGCCCAUGACGCCUGCGCAAGCGAUCCCUGCGAACCACGAACACCAGACCCUGACGAGUGGCUCGAAUGAUAUGCAAUAUGGUAGCUUCGUGCAUACGCCGCCCCAGCACGAGGGAGCUCCCCUCGAUCGGCGGCCGACCUUCGAGCUUCCUGACCCUGCGAUGAGGGUGCCUUCCCGGACGACGGACCAGGGUGCUGAAGGGGCUCAUGCUCAGGAAAGCCCAAUGGCCAGGCAGGCUCUACAGCGCAGCGCAUCCAUGAUGACGGAUCCACGAAGCAAUCAGCCCUCUGCGCCUGAACAGACGCACUCUCCUUCGUCAAUGAGGCUCCCUCACUCCGCUACCAUCGGGUCUGUAAGUGGCUCGCCAAGACGCGGCUUGCGAAGGUGGUUUACGGGGUCUUCACCCCUCAAUCGGGUUGGAACGAACCCCGAAUACGGUAUGCAGGCACUGGCAAUGGAGCCCGGGGGAAUCGAAAAGGCAGAAUUCGAAAAUUUCCUAGACGAUCAGCUUAACACGGUGGAAAAGUUCUACAAGGAGAAGGAGGACGAGGCUGGACAGCGCCUCAAGGUGCUUAAGGAGCAGCUUCACGAAAUGAGAAACCGACGAACCCAGGAGCUCAACGCUCAAAAGCAACAGGCCGAGAUGGAGUUCAUGCACGGCCACCACGGACAUGGCGACGGUGCGAAGAACGGUCCACUUGGCUGGAUUGAUCCGGUUAGGUCUAAGAUCUUCAGACCAGGACCCAACUCCAGGAACUUGUCAAAAAUGGCUCCCACCCCAGUCAUGCGUCCUAGAGAGGGCCAAGACGCGAGGAUGGACUACAUCCGUCGACCACCAGAGCAUGAAGUUCCCUACCGGUCCGCGAAGCGCAAGUUGAAGCUUGCCCUCCAGGAAUUUUACCGUGGCCUGGAACUCCUCAAGUCCUACGCCAUCCUCAACCGGACUGCGUUCCGCAAGCUGAAUAAGAAGUACGACAAGGCCAUCAAUGCCCGCCCUCAGUACCGUUAUAUGACCGAGAAGGUGAACAAGUCGUGGUUCGUCAACAGCGACGCCCUAGAUGGACAUAUCAAGGCCGUCGAGGACCUAUACGCCCGCUACUUUGAGCGCGGCAACCACAAAAUCGCUGCGGGUAAGCUGCGAAGCAUGGCUCGUAAACCUAGAGACGAGUCUGGCAGCGCCUUUAGGUGCGGUAUUCUCCUCGGGACUGGUGCUGUCUUUGGCAUCCAAGGCGCCAUCUUGGGUGUCCAGCUCUUGUGGGACCAUGACGCCCACGUCCGCGAGCAGACGAGCUACCUGUUGCAGAUUUACGGCGGUUACUUCUUCAUGCUCCUGCUGUUCUGCAUGUUCUGCAUCAACUGUGCCAUAUGGACCAGGAACAAGAUCAACUAUCCCUUCAUCUUCGAAUUCGAUACACGCAACAACCUCGACUGGCGGCAGCUAGCCGAGUUUCCAAGCCUAUUUACGUUCAUUUUCGGCCUCUUCCUGUGGCUGAACUUUAGCUCCUACGGUUCGGACGAGGUGUACGAGUACUAUCCUGUCGCUCUCAUCUUCGUAUCAGCCCUUAUCAUUUUCCUUCCCCUCCCUGUUCUCAAAGCUAGGAGUCGAAAAUGGUUCGCAUAUUCUCAUUGGCGUCUCUUGCUCGCUGGUCUUUACCCAGUCGAGUUCCGAGACUUUUUCCUCGGCGACAUCUACUGCUCUCUGACCUACGCCAUGUGUAACGUCGAGCUUUUCUUCUGCGUCUAUGCCAAUGCAUGGGACAACCCAGUCCAGUGUAAUUCGAACCAUUCCCGCCUUCUAGGCUUCCUAGGUGCACUUCCCCCGAUCUGGCGCUUCCUCCAAUGCCUGCGCCGAUACAGAGACACCCGCAACAUCUUCCCGCACCUCAUCAACGGCGGAAAGUACACAAUGUCCAUCCUCGCCGCAAUGUCUCUCUCAAUGUACCGCAUCAACAACACCAGAGGCAACCUGGCCAUGUUCAUUACCUUUUCCACAGUUAACGCCAUCUACACAUCAAUCUGGGACAUCUUCAUGGACUUUUCCUUGUUGGACCCCAACCCCAAGAAGAAGCCCAACGGCAAGCCCGACGGGAAGCCCAGCAAAUUGCCCGUCCUCCGUCAAACCAGAGCCCUCAAGAAGACGUGGCCCUACUACUUCAUCGCCGUCGUCGACCCCAUCCUCCGCUGGGCCUGGAUCUUCUACGCAAUCUUCACACACGACACGCAGCACUCCACGAUCGUCUCCUUCCUCGUCGCCCUCGCAGAGGUCUCCCGCCGCGGCAUGUGGACCCUUUUCCGCGUCGAGAACGAGCACUGCGCAAACGUCACAGCGCGCAAGGCCUCCCGCGACGUGCCCCUUCCCUACCCGUCGGAGUCUCCCUCGCGCUCGCCGACCAUCAGCGACGCCGGCAAGGACGGCGCCGUGCUUGAGACGACGGGCACCGCGGACGCACCGGGCACGGCAGGCGCCAGCGGGGCUACCACGUCGUCGUCGCGUCGCAUGGAGGAGGGUACCGUCAGACGGCGCAAGUCGAGCGUCGCGAUGCCGCCGCCGCAGAGGACUUUCACCUCGAUAUUGGCCGAGGCGCAUCGGCAGGACUUUGAGAAGAGGAAGAAACCCAUUGAAGAGGUCGAGCCGCAGUUGGAGGAGGCCGGGGGCAUGGCCAGCGACGAUGGGUCCGGCAGUGAUGACGACGAUGACGAUGAUGGGGAUAGAUCUGAUGCGGCGUCUGAGGCGGACUCGAUGGAGAUUAGAGAGGCACGGGAGCUGGGUGACGACGCACGGCAGGGAACCAGGCGGGCUUAA